AUGACAGUCAAGCUGCAUUUGUUCGUCGCUUUUCUAAUGUUUAGUACUUACUACUUGACAGAGGUUUAUUCACUAGUGGAAUUUACAAACGUACAGUGCGAGAAUAUGGACAAGGACUUUGCCUUAGUUGAAUAUUGUUAUCUGAAAUCUGUGAACCGAUCUUACAAAUAUGUUUCCAUUAAAGUUAACCUCCUAAAGCCACCCAUAACUAAAGUUAAGGUGCGUUUGGCUCUCUAUAAACGCUUGAAUGGCUAUAAGCCAUUUCUGUAUGAUCUGACUGUAGACGCGUGCCGGUUUCUUAAAUACCCGAAAUCCAAUCCGGUGGCUCUUUUUUUUUACAAUUGUUUCAAAGAGUACUCCAAUAUGAACCACACUUGUCCCUUUGACCAUGAUAUUGUGCUGGAUAAGAUGUCGUAUCAUAGUAUAAAUAAUAAGUUCACCAAAGUACUGGCCUUUCCGGAGGGGAAUUAUAUGUUUGAAAUGGACUGGAUAGCCUAUGACAUCAAUCGAGUUAUAACUAAGUUAUAUUUCUCACUUUCUUGA